AUGUCAAAUCUUUUUAUAAAAAAUGUGCUUGAGACACAAGUAAUAUAUACAAAAGAUGAAAAAGAGAUUAGACUUUAAGAAUCAUUUGAAAAUAAAAGAAAAUAACUCUAAUAAAUUGAAAUUGUUUAAAAAUACAAGUAAGACAAGCUUUCUAUUUCUUUAAUAUCUGAUUGUUAGUAAAACUAUUAAAGAUAAAUUAAAGAGCCGGUAAUAAUUUUAAUAAUUUUUAUUAGAUUUGUAUUAAAAGCUGUUCACAUAAAAUUUAUGAUCUAUAUGAUCUAUUUUUUAGUGAUGUUGAAUCAGAAUGUGAAAAAUGUGGUACAUAAUUUAAAAUCAAAAAUAUACCUCAAGAAAAUAUUUUAUUAGAAAAAACUUACAAACAUUUUGUAUAAUUUUCAAAUGAAAGAGCAUAUUUCUGUUCAUUUUACGGUUCUUAAGUAUUUCAUGCAUAUUUGGAAACAUAUUAAAAUUAGGCAAGAGCUCUAUUAUAAAAAGAAGUUUAUGAAUAAAACUUUUAAUAAAUUGAUAUUGAGACUGAUCAAGAAGAAAGGACUUAAUAACUUUUAAUAGAAUUAGAGAAAGAAACUUCUUCUUACAUAAAUUAGAUAUAAAAAAUACAUAGAAUGUCUUUGUAAUGUUUAAUUGAUGCAUCUAAAAUAAAUAUUCCAAUAAUAUUUUAAGGUUGUAAACAUAGUUUAAGAUGUUAUGAAUAUACAAACAUUUUGAAGUUAAUAGAAUAAAAUUUAAAUUUACCAGAAUUUCUUUAAAAAGAUACAAUUCCAUGUUUUAUGAAAGAUUGUCAGAAUUAGAUAUCUUUGGAUAUGAAAAAAUUAAUCUAGGAUAAGUAAAUCUAUUUCCCUGGUUAGAUAGCUUAAUAAAUUUCUAAGGAUUAUGGUUUUACUUUAGGAAUAGAUUGGUGUUAUUAAUCAAAUUAGUUUGUAUAUAAUCAUUUGAAACUUGAUUAAUUUCCAUUAUUAAAGCCAUAUUAAAAUAUUUGUGAAAAAGCUAAGAAUCAUUUUUUUUUAUUUUUUGGGUUAACGGCUAUAAUUAAAUGCGAAUAAAAUGAAGAUUUUAAUAAUAAACUAAAUUAUUCAAAGUAUACUAUAAAUCUAAAUAAUAUAAUCUACCCAACACGUUGCUAUUUUUGUCCUUUAAAUAAAGCUUUUGAUUUAAUAUCCUUUUUAUCACAAAUUUUAAACUAAAAUGCAAUCAAUUAUUUUAGUUUUGAUAAAACUUUUAAAUUAACCAAACCUUUAAAUUGUCCAGCAUGUUAGAAACCUUUUAAAAUUGAAACUUUUUUGCAUGAAUUAAUUUAUUUUGAUAAAUUUUUAGCUCAAGAAAUGGAAUUUUUAAAAGAUUUUUAAAAUGCUAAAAUAAAUGAAAGAAAAAAUUUAAGGCUUUAUUUAAUUAAAUUUUAAUAAUUGAAAUAACAUUAAAGACUAAAAUAAUAUUAAUUAGAAUAAAUUAAUCUUUAUCCAAGUAAUAUAUGUCAGAUUAAAAAAAAUAGAAUGGUAGACCCUUUAGUCUUACCCCUUUGUUAGAAUAAAAGAGCAUUUGAUAUAGAAAAUUUUGUUUAAUAUAUGGAAUCUAAGAAUUAUUAACUAAAUGAUUUUUAUAGAAAUUAUCCUUGCAACUGCUCAUUUUGUUGUUAUAGAAAUUUUAGAUUAAAUGAUUUUUAUUUUGACAUUACAUUUAAAAGUAUUUUAGUUUGGUUUAAAUCUGAUGAACUUUGGGAAUAGAAUGUUUUAUAUUAUCUUAGAAAAGAAAGCUGUGACAAUAAUCAAUCUCCUUAAAAACCAAAAAUAAUAAUAUUAAAAGAAGAAAAACCAAAAAAAUAAAUAAAUUAAACUUAAUAAUAAUUUAAUAACUAAUAAAAUAAUUUUUAAAAUCAAAUGUUUUAGAUCUAAUAAUUUGAUUUGAUAAACUAUCAACAAAAACCUUAAUUAAAUUAAUAAUAAUAAAAUUAAUAAUAAUAAAAUUAAAAAGUGUAUUAUGAUAAAGAAACAUAUGCUAUGAUAAAUGGAACUUUAAUUAAUACUAAAUUAUUGGAAAAUUGGUAGCAUUAAUGA